AUCAUAAUUUGUGCGUGAAACAGGAUUGGGCUAUUGGCUUUUCACCUGGCAUUAGUGAAUAAUCCUCAAAAUGCUCGUGUAGUCUGGGCAUUUGCUUUUGUGCUGUAUCUUGGGAAGUGGGUGGAAGCUGUUAAGUCUGCUAGAAAACACACAAAGUUGAAAGUUAAAUUUGCUCCUGAAAUAUUAGGAUCUCAAGAAAUUAUUUCAGAAGAUAAGCUUGCAGAAGAAGUUACACAUUUGGCUUCUUUGGUGCAACAUUCUGUACGUCCUUUGGUUGAGACAGAUAGCCUUCUUGAGAUGAUGUCCAGAUACCCAGCUUUUCCAUGCUCUGGUCUGGUGGUUGUACCAAAGAAAGCAGGGAAAGAUGUGGCCCAAAUUUUUGAUAUGCUGGUGAGUGAUAUUAAAUCCUAUGAACAUGAAAGGGAAGAUCUGAUCGUGAACCCUUACUUGCUUGGGAGGGGAGAUCCUUCUGAGAUCAGAUUUACACUUGGCUACAUUAUUUUGAAGACAAUGGAAGGGGAAUCCACUGUUGGAGGAGCUGAGGAAGUUGAUUCGUUGAUAAGGGUCUUUGAGGAAAACUGCCACCUAACACUUUCUGAUAUGGUGAAGAAUCAGGUUGUGAUCAAGGAAGAAAGAAAAAAUUGCCUACAAUUAUCUGUUCGUGAAUCAAAGCAACAGAUGGAGAAAAGGCAGGAAGUAGUCCAAGGUAAGUUGGGUCAUUUUGAUGAAGUGAUUACUCUAAGGAACCAAGAGAUGCUUGUGAAAGGGGAGAGUGGAGAAAUGGCUAGGAAGCAGCAAAUGAUAGCUGAAACAUGCCAACCACCUAAGGGAGAAGUAAAGACAUUGGUUGAGGAAAUAAAGAAGGAAACAUGCUAUGUAUUAAAACAGGAGAAGACUCUGAAAAAUGUAGAGGCUGUUGAGUAUGACAGUGCUAAGGAAGAGAAUGUGAACCACCGUAUCUUGCAGGGUAAAGUAACAAAGAAGGAGAUUAUGGUAGGUGGAAGGUGUAAUUUAAGACCGGAGAGGUUAGAGAAAACAAAUUGUUAUUUGUCAUCAGAGGUGGGGGUCAAGAAAAAUACAGAGAAGCAAAAACAAGUAUCAGCCAAGGAGAAGGGUGGUCUGCGCUCACUAUCUAGUUUCUUCAAGUGAUGGCACUAUUUGUCGUCAACAACUGACAAUGAUUUAUCUCUAGUACAAACCAGGUACUGCAUAGGCGGAUAGUAAAGUAAUCCAGACUUAUCUGGGUUUUGAUGACUGUGACUGUAUUUUCACCGUUUGAAGUUAGAGAUGAAUAUGCGGCUUAAAGGUUAGAAUAGCGAUAAUGAAGAGUGUACAGUAUUGGAAAUGAAGGUCAUGUAGCUUGAUUGAGUUGUUUUGCUUUACCAUUUAGUUGUGCUGUGAGAUUUUGAUAUAUUAGUCACAUUUUUUUUU